UAAGGUCCAGGACGCGCUCGGACACUUCAAGCGGAGCCGCAGCUCGACGUCACGUCAAGGAUGAAACAAGGGUCCCGGAAGUCAGUGUCUGUUGCUGCCCCCCAGUCUCUCUUCACCCCCAUGUUGAGGGUCGCAGAGCAAAACCUGCGUGACGGAGCCACCGGGGCUCCACUCACGGAGCAGCGACCUGCACCCACGUGGGGGCGGAGCUCAGAAGAAGAAGAAGAAUGAGCUCGGGCAAGAAUGGCCAAGGUCAAAGGUCGUUGCUCAUGCUGAACAUUUGCUCGACCAAACUCUUCCGAAGAUUUUAAAAACAACCUUCACGCCGCCUGAAACUGGGGAUAACCCUUUCAAAGUCAAGUGGAUCCGAGAUUUAGUUUUACAACGACCACAAUCGCAACAAAGAUCAUCACUUCCUGUGUGCUCUUAUUUUCUCAGCUCGCUUCCCGUUUGCCCAUUUCCUGAGCGGGGCUUUGGCUCCAGCGGUCACGGCGGCUGCUUGUCUGUCUCUUGUUUCUGCGGAUCUGUUGAGCAUGAACCCGGCCUCCUGCUGUCUGUCUGCUUCCGUGACGAGGCUCCUGGGAUGAGUCUCGGAGCCGGGCAGAAGCGCGGGCUCAAUUCCGCCCAGACGCGGUUCACUCCGCGGCACAACUGCCGACGCUGGUGUGGAUCUAUUGGUAACACGCGCAGAGCCCAGCAGGUGUCAGCAUCUCCCCUCCUUCACAGCCGCCGGUGUCGCAACCGCCUCGCGUUUCCUGUUCGCCCCCAGCCGACGCCUCGUCGGGGCUGAUGCGACGCUGCUGAGCCGCCCGCUGCGGUCCAGCUUCCUCUGUCAUGUGCGUGGCUCCUGGCUCGCACCGUGACUUGUGUGUGCUCCUGAACUUCUGGCUUUGUGAGGACCGGUGUGAGCUUUGAACCAGCCGAGCGAGGACGCUUUCACAACAUCUGGGUCUCAGCCUGGUCCAGAGUCCCGGUUCAGCUCUUCUUCCAUGAUGUCUUCUCCUCCGGCCUUUGGGACCAUCUUCAUCUCCACCCUCCUCUUCCUCUCCCGCCUGCUUCCUGAGCCAGUGGCAAGCGCCACGGCGGGCUCUGUGUGUGAUGACAGCGGAGAGUCCAGUUCUGCUCCUGUCUCAGUUCUGGAAGGAGAGUCGGGCUGGAUCUCGUGUCCUCUCUUCUCUCACCCGAGUCCUGGACUCUCUGUGGACUGGUACCAGCCAAAGGAGGGCGACGAGGAGCAGCCGAUCACAUACAGCUCCCGGGUCAGCAGGGACUCGCAGCACCUCUGGUUCCAGCCCUCAGUCCUGACCGACUCUGGACCUUACGUCUGCUUGGUUCGCAACAGCUCCUCCUGCUGGAAGUGGUCGGUGCGUCUGCAGGUGUUGCCCCAGCCGGCGACUCCGGCCGCCUGCCACCACAACAGGCUUCCUGUGGCCCAGGCCGCCUCUCCCGUGGUGGUGCCCCUGCACAUGGGCGGCGUGCUGCAGUGUCCGCACCUGGAGCAGGCAGCCGGCGUGUCCGAGGCGCCGCCCUCCGUCACCUGGUACCACGUGAGACAAGGCCGGGCUCUCUCUCGGCCCGGCAGGCGGAGCCUGAGUCUGUGUGUCUUCCAGGGUUGCCGGCCGUACCCCUUCUGGCGCGACGACAUUCAGCCCAAAGGAGGCGUGGCUCUGGAGAUCCUCACCAUGUGGCCUCCCUACGGCGGACUCUACUUCUGCCGGGUCCACUAUCAGAGGGGCGGCCGCCCGCUGAGCUUCACCAGGAGCGUCAACGUGACGGCCGUCUCUCCAACGUCGCUUCCUAAGGAGCCCAGCAUCCUCCACCCUCCGGGCAGAGAUCUGCUCUUCCACGUCAGACUGCACUCGGAGGUCAAGCUCACGUGCAAAGGCUUGUUUCCAUUCCUGGACUCACCCAGCGCCAUCUGGUGGACAGUUGACGGGACCAAAGUGGAAGAACUGACCGACACCCGAUACGCAGAGACGAGAAGCACAGUCACCUCACCGUAUCAAGACAAAACCGUCGAGUGUGUUCUGCUCAUCCAGCAGUUCCAGGCUCAAGACCUGGAGCGGACGUUCAACUGCUGUGUGGCAAACCACCGAGGGUUCGAGAGCCGCCGGGCCAAGCUGCUGGAGGAAGCUCGGGUUCCUGCCGUGGAGCUGGGCUGUGGUCUUGGGGCCGUCCUGCUCCUCGUGCUCCUCCUCUUCCUGCUCUCCCGUGUCUACUGGCUGGAGCUGCUGCUGAUAUAUCGGACCUGGUUUGGUGCGGACGAGUACGGCUCAGAUGCAGGUGAGAAAGACUAUGACGUCUACAUCUCGUACUCGAGGAACAGCGAGGAGGAGGACUUUGUUCUCUCCACACUUCGCCGAGGCCUGGAGACGGAGCUGGGCUACUCCGUGUGCAUCUUCGAUCGUGACAGUCUCCCGGGAGGAACCAUCACUGACGAGACUCUGGCUUUUGUGGCCCGGAGUCGGCGCCUCCUGGUGGUGCUGAGCCCUGGCUACGCGUCACAAGGCACUCAGGCUCUGCUGGAGCUCAAGGCCGGAAUCGACGGUGUCUUGGGUGGACACCUGCGGGUGAUCCUGGUCCAGUACAAGCCGGUCCGUCGGCAGGACUGGGUGCGGGAGCUGAGGACGGCGCGCGUGGCCCUGGCCCUGCUCUGCUGGCGCGGAGACGAGUCCCGGGAUCUGGCCUCCAGGUUCUGGAAGAGGCUGCGGGUGGAGCUGCCCGUGCAGCGGGAGGAGCGCGGCGGCGGCGGCGGGAAGCUCCUCCGCCUCCUGGGUCCCUGCUGAUCCCACCAGGCCUCGUGGUCCUCGUCGAGCUGCUGCUUUUGUUUUCAUACUUCAGAAUAAACUUCCUGUCUCCAGCUGCUGGGGUCGUCUUCAUCUCACACACACACACACACGGCCUGCGUCAGGCUCGGGGCCUCAGGCGAGGCUCCCAGAACUCUGCGGAUGUUGUGGAGCCAAGAGGAAGUGCAGCCGCAGCCGCAGCAGCAGCAGCAGCAGCAGGGGUCAGGAAGACGAGGCUGAGGCCGAGAAUGUGUGUGGCUGUGAGGACACUUCUGGAGCGGCUUCUGCUCCGACUGGACGUCUCUCUGGUGAGUCACGACCUUUCCACCUCCUUUUUCACCUGACAGAGGAGCAAACAAGAGACGGAUCAGCCAUUACAUUAUGACCAGCAGUGAGGAUGUGACUCGUGUGGUGCCUGACUCGCACGGUGCCUGACUUGUGUGGUGCCUGACUUGAGUGGUGUGUGACUCGUGUAG